UAUAUGUCCAAAACACAAUCAUAUGGUUCAUUAAUUUUAGUCACACGCCAAUUAUUGAAGGAGCAAAUUCAACCAUACACAGAAGAAACGAGAGAGACGGAGAAAAUGUCAACCACACUUUCCGAUCAUCAAGACACGAACCUUGAACGGAUUUUAUUGAUCACAAAUCUUGUGGUGGAGCUUCCAUCGGCGGUGCUCGAUCAGCUCUCUUCAGUUCACAAACCUCGCUAUGCACUGAUCAGCAUGAUCAUGUCUCUCAUAAUCAUGCUCAUCUCAGUUCUUGAUUUUGUCCGAAUGGGUCGAAGACAAAGAGUCAAAUGGAUGAAAAGAGACAAGAUCAUACCUUGGUUUUAUUCCCAAGGUCCCAGUUUCAAGCCUCUGGGGACAUUUGCCGAUGUUGUCGGAUUAGUUUGUAGCAUCUUCCAAUGUGUUUCAGCAGCAGUUGCUUAUGAGUUUCUGUCUCAUAAAUCUGAUAAUCCUAUCAAAAUCUCUGUUUGGCCAUUGAUCUUUGCUUUUGGUGUAUUGCUUACUAGAUUUCCAAGGAAUCAUCGGUCGGAAAUUCACCGGGAGAAUCCUGCUCAGAGAAACCUCCGUGAGCUGCAAGAUUCUGAAACUUCAUUAUACUAUGGAGAUAAGAAUUCUUACUGGGAAUUGUCUGAGAUGGCUGAGGAGGCAAAGAGGCGUGCAGAAAUAGCAAGGUUAAAGGGGCAUGUGGAAUCGGUGGUGAGACUCAAGGGACUUGACAUUGACCCCAUUGAACAGUACUAUUCUUCUUGAGAAGAUGCCUCCGUAUUUGUUGACACUAUCUUUUAAUUCUUGUUGUGUUUAUGGAUUCUGACAUGGAGAAUCCAGCUGUGCUCUGAGAUCAGUAUUCUCUCCCGGAGAAACCAAGAUUAAAAUCCAAAGAACAGAACUUUUGUGAGAUUAUGGAUUUACCCUCUGUUGUGAUGCAAAAUAAUUUUAUAACAAAAUAGUAUUUUUCUUUGUUGUACAUAGAAUUCAAUUUUCAUAAUACAUUGCGGCUUUUGUAAUUUGAUCCUGAUAA